GCAGGUGCAGGCUGCCCUGGGACCCACUAGCCCUGGGCCCACUGCCCGAGCAUGAGCUCCAACAUGGCUGCAGCUGGGCCAGCGACUGUGGCUGCCCCCAGGAAGGAGUCCCCAGGCAGGUGGGGCCUGGGAGAGGAGCCCACAGGCGCGGGCCCCUCGCUGCAGUGUCGCGUGUGCGGGGACAGCAGCAGCGGGAAGCACUAUGGCAUCUACGCCUGCAACGGCUGCAGCGGCUUCUUCAAGAGGAGCGUGCGGCGGAGGCUCAUUUACCGGUGCCAGGUGGGGGCGGGGAUGUGCCCGGUGGACAAGGCCCACAGGAACCAGUGCCAGGCCUGCCGGCUGAAGAAGUGCCUGCAGGAGGGCAUGAACCAGGACGCUGUGCAGAAUGAGCGCCAGCCGCGGAGCACGGCCCAGCUCCGGCUGGCCAGCGUGGAGUCAGACCUGGAGCCCCGGCUGGAGGCCCUGGGGGCCCCCCUGGCCCCGGCGGGGCCCAGUCCACGGGGCCCCACGCCUGUUUCUGCAGCCAGAGCCCUGGGGCCUGGGGCCCUCACGCCGCCGGGGCACCACCACUUCAUGGCCAGCCUUAUAACAGCCGAAACAUGUGCUAAGCUGGAGCCAGAGGAUGCCGACGAGAAUAUUGAUGUCACCAGCGAUGAUCCGGAGUUUCCCUCAUCCCCAUACUCCUCCUCAUCGCCCUGUGGCCUGGACAGCAUCCAUGAGACAUCAGCUCGCCUUCUCUUUAUGGCUGUCAAGUGGGCCAAGAACCUGCCCGUGUUCUCCAACCUGCCCUUCCGUGAUCAGGUGAUCCUGCUGGAGGAGGCAUGGAGUGAACUCUUCCUCCUCGGGGCCGUACAGUGGUCUCUGCCUCUGGACACCUGCCCACUGCUGGCCGCACCCGAGGCUCCCGCUGCCGGCAGCUCCCAGGGCCGGUUGGCUCUGGCCAGCGCCGAGAGCCGCAUCCUGCAGGAAACAAUCUCACGGUUCCGAGCGUUGGCGGUGGACCCCACAGAGUUUGCCUGCAUGAAGGCCCUGGUCCUCUUCAAACCAGAAACUCGGGGCCUGAAGGAUCCUGAGCACGUGGAGGCCUUGCAGGACCAGUCCCAAGUGAUGCUGAGCCAGCACAGCAAGGCGCACCACCCCAGCCAGCCUGUGAGGUUUGGGAAAUUGCUCCUGCUUCUCCCAUCUUUGAGGUUUAUCACUUCCGAACGAGUUGAGCUCCUCUUUUUCCGCAAGACCAUAGGGAAUACUCCAAUGGAGAAGCUCCUUUGUGAUAUGUUCAAAAACUGAGGGAGAAGGAAGUAAAUGGGUCCAACUACUUUAGGAAACAGCCUACUGAAGGCACUCACUUGCCUGCCCUGUGACCCAGCAAUCCCACCUGUAGGUAUGUGUCCCAAGCAGAAAUAUCCACCAAAAGAUAUUAUGAAAAUAUUCACAGUUUUAUUCAUAAUAGCCCCUGACUGUACAUCGGCAGUAGGAUGAAUUAAUAAAUUAUGGUAUAU